GGCUGCAGCGCGUGACGCGGGGGCGCGCAGCGGCUCUGGCGUGCAGACAUUAGCCGGACUGCAGGCGAGCGGGUGGCAUGGCGGCCGCAGCAACGACCACCGGGCUCAAGGCGCCAGAGCCCAUGCCGAGCUACGCGCAGAUGUUGCAGCGAAGCUGGGCCUCUGCGCUGGCGGCGGCGCGGGGCUGCGGGGACUGCGGCUGGGGACUGGCGCGCCGCGGCCUGGCGGAGCACGCGCACCUGGCUGCGCCCGAGCUGCUGCUGACCGCGCUGUGCGCUCUGGGCUGGACCGCGCUGCGCUCGGCGGCCACCGCGCGCCUCUUUCGGCCCCUGGCCAAGCGGUGUCGUCUGCAGCCCAGAGAUGCUGCCAGGUUACCUGAGAGCGCCUGGAAGCUCCUUUUCUACCUGGGCUGUUGGAGCUAUUGUGCCUACCUGCUCCUGGGAACCCGGUACCCUUUCUUCCACGACCCGCCCUCCGUCUUCUAUGACUGGAGGCCCGGCAUGGCGGUGCCCUGGGACAUAGCCACUGCCUACCUGCUGCAGGGGAGCUUCUAUUGUCACUCCAUCUAUGCCACCGUGUACAUGGACACCUGGCGCAAGGACUCUGUGGUCAUGCUGGCGCAUCACGUGGUCACCCUGCUCCUCAUCGCCUCUUCCUAUGCCUUCCGGUACCACAAUGUGGGCAUCCUGGUGUUCUUCCUGCACGAUGUUAACGACGUCCAGCUGGAAUUCACCAAGCUCAACAUCUACUUCAAGGCCAGGGGUGGCGCCUACAGCCGCUUGCAUGGGCUGGUGGCCAACCUGGGCUGCCUUAGCUUCUGCUUCUGCUGGUUCUGGUUCCGCCUCUACUGGUUCCCGCUUAAGGUUCUGUAUGCCACCUGCCACUCCAGCCUGCGGUCGGUGCCCGACAUCCCGUACUACUUCUUUUUCAACACUCUGCUGCUGAUCCUCACGGCCAUGAACAUCUAUUGGUUCCUGUACAUCGUGGCUUUUGCAGCCAAGGUGCUAACUGGCCAGAUGCGUGAACUGGAGGACGUGAGAGAAUACGACACUCUGGAAGCUCAGCCCGCCAAGCCCUGCAAAGCUGAGUGAGUGAGGCUGGGGCUCGGCCCCAGCUCCUCCCUUCAGGAACAGGAAGCCGCUGAGGAACGGCCUGGUGAAGGACAAGCUCUUCUGAGUCCCCGUCCUCAAUGCCGCCAUCCAAGACUCCCUCCUAUGCUACCUGGGGGACCGGCCCCGCCCCUGGAGACUUGGCUCAGUCCCCGGAG